ACUUGCGCGACCCGCCAGCUUCAAGAGCCAACUGACCCAAACCACCGACCCGCGCGAGCCCAACCAUCUCCGUUUCCUUGCCGGUCCCGCGAGCACCACUCACACCAGCGCAGCCGCCAUGGCCGACGUCGAGAAGGCCGCGCCCGUGGCCGCACCACCGGCCGAGGGUGCGGCCGGGGACGCUGCGGGCGGGAGAACCGGCGCGGUGGGCGCCGUGCUGCGGCGGUGGCGGACCCAGGACCUCCUGGACCGAUCGGGGUCCGCGCUGCGCGCCGGCGCGUGGGCGCUCUCCCUGCUGGCGUUCCUCGUCAUGGCCUGCAACGAGCACGGGGACUGGAAGCAGUUCGACCGCUACGAGGAGUACAGGUACAUCGUUGCCAUCGGUCUGCUGGCCUUCGUCUACACGACGCUGCAGCUCCUACGGCACGGCGUCCGCCUUACCGGCGGCCAGGACCUGCAGCCCAAGACCGGCCUCCUCGUCGACUUCGCCGGCGAUCAGGUGACCGCCUACCUGAUGAUGUCGGCGCUGUCAGCUGCGAUCCCGAUCACCAACCGCAUGCGCGAGGGCGCUGACAACGUGUUUACCGACUCGUCGGCGGCGUCCAUCAGCAUGGCCUUCUUUGCCUUCGUCUGCCUGGCGCUCUCCGCCCUCAUUUCUGGCUUCAAGCUCGCCAAGCAGACAUACAUCUGAUCUGAAGCUCCGUACACGGACACUUGCAUAUAUAUAUAUAUAUAUAUAUAUAUAUAUAUAUAUAUAUAUAUAUAUAUAUAUAUAUAUAUAGUAGUACUUCACAUGAGUAUUUGCUCAGCUGUGUACAGUCUGAAUUGCGUGCGUCAUUUACCAUUGGUUUCAUUGUAUGUACAGGUUUGGUUCUUUGUGGUUGUAUAACAGCUAGCCCCGAGGAUUGGGUAGAUGGUGUCUGUAUUGGUGUGUGUGAUGAAUGCACUGAAGAUAGUAUACUACAUUAUUGUUUGAUUCAUUUGUUUGCAGGACAAAAGAUAAAUAUGGGUGUUUGGUUGAGGUUAUUAAAGUUUAACAGCUGUAA